ACCCUGGCUAUUCCUAUGACACUGCUCCUGUCUCCCAUCCCAGCUUCCUACCUUGCUCUGGUGCACACCUGGCGAUCUACCAUAACAGCUCUGCAUAUCACUACUGAUCCUGAAUCGGAGGUUCAUCAGUCUUCCAAAGUCUCCAACUGCAAGAGCUGCAAACAACAUCUGCUGGCGCUCUUGUCCCCCUGGUCCCUAGACACCCUCUGUUCCACAUCCAUUGGGGUGAGGGCUAGUGACACAAGUGAGGCCGACCUCGUCAUUUCAGUCUCCAAUCAGGUAAGUGACAGUACCAGUCAGCCAAUGAUGAAGUCUGAAAGGGAGGCCUCACAACUGGGGGACAUUCGCCAAACUGUGACUUCCUUGUCCAACGUCAUACAGGACCUGCAGAAGAACUUCCAAUACCUGGAGAGCAAACUGCGAACCGAUCCUAAUGUCCUCUCAGACACAGUAACCUGU